UCCCUCUGCCUGCAAACAUCCUACGACAUCCAUCGAUGAACCGCGAAAUGAGAGCCCUCGUACUGCUGAGCCUGCUGGGGGCCGUUCUGAGCAAUGAGUACACCUGGGACGUUCCCGGACAAGAAACAGUCAACAUCAACACAGACAAUGUGUGUCUGACCGACCAGACCUCGUGCGGUUGCUGCCUGAUGCAGAAACAGAUGCUGAGGAUGGAACAGUUCUUCAACAUGAGUCUGAACGAGCUGCAGGCGAGCCUGGACAAGGCCAAGGCUGUGCUGAACAAUGUCCGCGCCAGCCGCAGCGCCUUCUCCGUGGCCCUGACUGACACGCGGCGUUGUGAGGGCCCCUACCGCGAGCCCAAGACCAUCGUCUACCAGCACGUCUUCAUCAACCUGGGCAACGGCUACAACAACCUCACGGGCGUCUUCACCGUGCCGCGCUCCGGCGUCUACAGCCUGGCGCUGACUGUGUACAGCGAUGCCGGCGCUCCCAGCUCUACGCUGGCCGCUUGCGCCGGGCUGGUGCUGAACGGGCGCCAGCUGGCGGCCCUGAGCGAGACGAACAUGCAGGACCAGGAGGACAGCACCAGUGCGGUGCUGGCCGUGCAGCUACAAGCCGGGGACAAGGUGUGGGUCACGCUGCCCACCGGCUGCUUCCUGUGCGACGACCAGACCCACUACAACACCUUCACCGGCUUCCUGCUCUACUCCACGGACUGAGUCUGGGGCCUCCGUCCUGGAACGGGACUUCGUACAGCACUCCUCGGAUGAGACUCC